AUGAAUUCAGCUUUGGUUCUUUUCUUUGCUGUAAUUUCUGUUUUUGUGUCUGUCCAUGGAGAUGAGGAUCCCGUUCUUGGAGGGCUAGGACCCACUAAAUUUGCCACCGAUGAAGUACAGGAUCUCAUAGAUUUGUUACGAGAUGACAUUAUAAGCCAGCUUCCUAUUGGAUACGAUCGCGAGGAACCACUUCCUGAGUUUACAGCCCGUCUGUACAGAGAACAGAUUGUAGCUGGAACAAACUUCUUUGUCAAAGUUGAGACUGGGCCACUCCGAUUUAUUCACGUCAGGAUAUACGUUGAUCUAUCUGGGGAUGCCUCAGUUGAUGGAGUCCAGGUUGGAAAAACCAUGGGAGACCCCCUGGAGUAUUUUUAG